UGUGAUGUUUUUGUUGUUGUGGUUUUGAUAAUGUUGUUUUUAAUUUACAUAUUCCUUGAGUUUAUCUGAAUCUAAGAAUAUUCUAUCCCUUAAAUAACUCAUGUGUUUCACAUGUUGGUGGAAAUCACUUAUUGUGGUAGGUUUUCAUAGGUAUCAGCUGGUUGCACGUUAUUUACAUUGCUUGGAAGCUCGGUGAACUAUUUUAAAAAUGCCUCUGACCGCUGAUGUAGCUGCUCAACAAGUCCAGGAAAGAUUGCGUUCACUUCAUAGACUUAUCUAUGAUAUAGAAGUUGAAAGAGGGAGAAAUGAACAAUGCAUUGAUUCUAUCUUACGAGCUGAACGAGCUGCGGAAACUCAAUCCACAACAGAAGAUUCUUCUAGUUCGUCACAGCAGCAAACACAGUUGAAAAACUUAUACAAAGCUGGACUAACAGCAACUGAGCAAGAAGAGAGACUACUUAGAGCAGCACUUUCACGUAUCUAUGAGAUACGUGCAAUUAAGAACGAGAGGCGUAUGCAGGCGCGUCACGCGGGCAACAAGGAGACUAUAGGUUGCGGCGCGUUGAUGAAGAUGUUACUGAGCGCGGCGCAGACUCUGCCCCUUCAUGUAGGGCGCGUGGGGGAGCGAGCUCCGCCCCUGUGCGGCGCCGUGCCUGCGGACCCCGGGCACGUGGCGCGCCCCGGGGACGCCGUCGCGGCGCUGGUGCGCGUGUCCGACAAGGAGGAGAACUGGAUACUGGCUGAGGUGGUGAGCUGGCUACCAGCGCAGGGUAAAUAUGAAGUGGAUGACAUCGACGAGGAGCAAAAAAACCGGCAUGUUUUGAGCAAGCGGCGGGUCGUGCCAUUGCCGUUGAUGCGCGCUGAGCCUCGCACCGACGAACCGGCGCUGUUCCCUAAGGGGGCCGUGGUUAUGGCCUUGUACCCGCAGACUACCUGCUUCUAUAGAGCUGUCGUGAAUAGACUGCCGGCUAACGCUGCUGACCCGUAUGAAGUACUGUUUGAGGAUUCGUCAUACGCGGACGGUUACUCCCCGCCGGAGCGCGUGGCGCAGCGCUACGUGAUCGCCAUCAAGGAGGGCAAGGGGCGCGCCACCUGACCGCAGGCGCAGACGCGCGCCAAUCAGCCGCAUUCUUCUAUAGCGCGCGCCUCGCCAUUAUCCACAGACUCCAUG